AUUUGACUCAACCCGACGCGUACAUAGGGUGGGACUGAUUAUAGACAGCAUCUGUGCGAAAAUAAUUCCUCAACGGACAGAACAAGAUGAUUUGCUUCAGCGUUUUAUUUGCCUUCGUUUUUCUCGUUGGAAACGAUGCUGCCCUUCCUAACGUGGGCUCUUGUACUUUCAUGGAGUACUACUGCAGCGCUCGUAAAUGCAGCACUGCUUUUAUUAAAAUUUUUCAAAAAGACCCAAAAGCAAAUUGUGGUGCGGAGCUUAGCAAACUGAAGAAUUGUGUUGUCGACGUGAUGAUGGUCUGCAUGGGAGAUUCACUGCAAGAAAGCCAGGUCAGAGAUAUCGUUGACAUGACCUUCACGGAAAAACAGCAGUGUCUGGAUGGUUCUAUGGAAAUUCCCACCAUGCCGCCAACCAGCGGAUCAAUUUGUUCAGCAUCAUUUAGCAGUAAUGCAGACACUUGCGUUCGAUCCUUUCACCAAAAAUUUGCCAAGGACAAAUCAGAUCCCGCUCUUUGCUCGGAAAAUGCCAAAGCAAAGAGGUGUUUAAAGAACCUGAUAGAUUUCGACUGCAACUUCCCCGCCCUGGCCAAGGAAGCGCUAGAAUUGGCUUACAGUGACUACAAUCCUUUCUGCGCAAACAAUCGGGAUCCUGGGGCCACCGGAAAUGAUCAGUGCGAUGGCGUGCAGGAUAAGAGCGGUGAUGCAUUGAAAUAUUUCAAUGCAGCCGCUGGAAUCAAGUCCGGUGUACUGCAGACGCUGAUGUUUGCUUCCUUUUUUUUGCUUUUGUUUUUUAAAGUUUAGAAGGCUUUAGCCCCUGGUUUGUCUUGAGUUACAGAAUAGUUUCUAGACUUAGAAAGUUUAAAAUGACACAUGACACUUGUAAGAGGCGUGUUUCAAUAAAUUGUUUGCAUUAA